CUUUUCUUACAAUGCCACCGAAGCGCAAGCAGCAGCAGGGCAACACAGAGCUGCCGAAGCAGCUGGCAAACAAGCUCUCCAACGACACACCGGGCAAAAACGAGGACACCAGCCGGUUCACGAAAAAAUACAAACCCACGAUCAAAAACCGCAAGCUCGCACGCAAGCAAGCACGGACAGACAAGAAGCAGCGCAAGAACGACUCGCAUAGGCGCAACCGUGGGUUCGCCACGCCCGAGAAGCCCGAACAGCCUGUGAAGAAGCCGGUAGCAAAGCAAGAGAGGAAAGAGAAGAAAAAGAAGGUCGAUGAUCGCGCGCAGCUUACAAAGUUUGCCAAGAAGAACCAGGGCCUGUACGAGAUGCUCAGGGACUCGAAUCUCAUUGAGAACGUAGACAAGGAGGCAGGGAUCCAGAGCAAGGGCAAUCCAGCCGAUGAUCUGGAGGACCGCGAGUUGCGCAGACUGGAGCGCAACCUUGGGAUCAAGAAGGGCGGCAAGCUGGAGAACGCAUUCUUUAAUGAGGGCCUGGGCGAGCUGUUUGAUGGCAUUGAAUUUGGAUCGAAAGAUAUUCGUGUCGCUGCUGCCGAAAAGAAGCCUGAGGCAACGCCGAAACCUACAAAGAGCGAUGCUGAAGAUGACGGGUCUGAAUCUGAGCCAGUGAUCGAAUCCGAAUCAGAGGGAGAGAGCCUCGACGAUGACUCUGGGGAUGAUGCCGCGAUUGGCAGCGACCUAGAUGGGGAUGAGGACGACGAUAUGUUUGGUCUCAACAAUUUUGGAUCAGAUGUGGAUGAGGAUGAGGACGACGAGGACAGCGAUGUUGCUGAGAUGUACCGCAGCCAAGGGAUCGAUGUUAAUGUGAGUCUGUCCGAUGCAGAGAUGGACGAUCUAUCAGAUGACGACGAAGAUGACUCGGAGGACGUGGAUGAGGUGGAUGAGUCUGAGGUGGAUGAGUCUGACAAGGAGACAAAACCCGAGGAGACAAAGCAACCGACCAGCGUGACCAAAUACAUUCCGCCCAGCCUUCGCAGGCGGCAAGCCAGCGACGAGGACGAGCGGACAGCGGCGAUUCGCAAGGUGCUCCAGGGGCAGCUCAACCGACUGAGCGAGUCGAACAUCGAAGGCAUCAUUGGGCAGAUCGAGGAGCAGUACCAGAAGCACCCGCGCCACCAUGUCACCGAGGUGCUGACCGGCUUGCUGCUGCAGUCGAUCCGCUCGCGCAUCCACAUGCUUGACACAUUCCUGUACGUCAAUGCCGCUCUGGUCGGCGCGAUAUACCGUGCAGUUGGUCUGGAGCCGGUCGCGCAUUUGGUGCAGAAGCUGAUGGAGGAAUACGACAAGCGCUUCGAGCUCGGUCUGGAGGCAUUCAGGGCAGGUGAGGACGAUACAGAUGAAGGGUCGGCUGGCAAGGAGUGCCAGAACCUGACAGUCUAUAUUGCCGAGCUGUACAACUUCCAGGUAAUCUCGUGCCAGCUCGUCUACGACGUCAUCCGCAUGUGCAUCCAGGAUAUAAAUGAGUUCAGCGCCGAGCUGCUGCUCAAGAUCAUCCGCGUGUCUGGCAUCCAGCUGCGCAAGGACGACCCAUUGGCACUGAAGGAAAUUGUGCAAAAGGUCAGCGAGACUGUGAACAGCAACAGCGACAGAUUCUCUGUCCGCUGUAAAUUUAUGGUCGAGAGCCUCAUCAACUUGAAGGACAACCGGAUGCGGCAGACGAUGUCACAGAACGCAGAGAACGUGGUCAAACUCAAGCGCUUCCUGGGCAACAUGGACAAGCGGCGUGCAGUGGGUGCAGCGGAGCCCAUCAACAUUGGACUGCAGGACAUCCGUGAUAUCGAGACCAAGGGCAAGUGGUGGCUGGUCGGCGCGUCGUGGGUCGGCAACCAGGUCGGCACCGAAUCGACGAUCAAGCAAUCGACGGAGAUGGACCGGCUGCUGAAGAUGGCCAAGGAGCAGCAUAUGAACACAGACGUGCGGCGCAGCAUCUUCGUGACCCUGCUGAGCAGCGAUGACUACGCCGAUGCAUUCGAGCGGCUGCUCAAGCUUGAUCUCAAGAAGACGCAGGUGCGCGAGGUGAUCCGCGUGCUUCUGCACUGCUGCGGCCAGGAGAAGGCGUUGCCAUUCAAGCUGUGCAGCUACCACAACUCGUACCGGCUGACAAUGCAGUACGCGCUGUGGGAUUUCCUGCGUGAGAUGGGCGAGACCGACGUGGGCGGGCUGGGCCGCAUCAACACCGACGAGGGCAAUGAGACCGACGUGCCAUUGCGGCGUAUCGUCAAUGUAGCCAAGCUGUACGCCUGGCUGAUCGACAAGCAGGUGUUGUCGCUGCUGAUUCUCAAGACUGUGACCUUUGCGAAGGUCGGGCACAAGGCGCGCGUGUUUUUCCAGAUUCUGUUCUCGACGCUGUUCUUGCUGCACAAGAAGCAGAGCGACCAGGAUGUGGAGGCAUUGCGCGAGACGUUUGUCAAGGCUGUGCCCAAUGCAACCAUGUGCCAGGGCAUCAUGUUCUUCUUCCACCACUUCGUCAAGGAUUGUGCGCUCGUGUCGGAUGCCGAGAAACCGCUGAUGCGCUGGGGAUGCAAGAUCGCCAAGCAUGGUGGUGACUCGUACGACGACUAAGCCAGCCUAGGUGCUCCCACAAAGGCCUGUACAGCUCGAAACUGCAUAUAUUCGGUGUUUGUGGUGAAUGACGUGAGAUAAUGCAUUGUGCGUUUUUUUUUUAAAUUCCAUCCA